CCCUCUCUCUCUGUGGUGUGUGUGUCUGAUCAUUCAGUGUGAGAGAGGAGGAGAAGAGAGAGAGAGAGACAGGAGGGAUCUGUUCCGAAGAUCAGCCCGUCCUCACCGUUUCCCUGAGAUGUGUUAACCCCCUGUGCCCACCUCUCUCCCUCUCUCUGUUUACAGAUGCUGCCAGGGGGCUGACCACGAUCAGCAGCGUGCUGUCCAUCAGAGAGAGCGAGGAGGCAGGUUCUGUGAGGAGCUGGUGCGUGGGCUCCGCCUCCACUGAAGGGGGGAUGAUGGCUCCGAGGCCCGCGUGCUUCCGGAUGUUUCCGGCGGCCGGGCUCCUGCUGGCGCCCCUCCUGGGCGCGUCCCCGGCCCGGUCGGAGUCCCCCCCCGGGCCACCGGGCAACAGCACCUGCGUGGGGGCGUACGUGUGCGAGAAGGGGGUCAUCCUCCCCUUGUGGCAGCCCCAGGACCCCUCGGUGGGCGACAAGGUGGCGCGUGCCAUCGUCUACUUUGCCGCCAUGGUCUACAUGUUCCUGGGGAUGUCCAUCAUCGCCGACCGCUUCAUGGCGUCCAUCGAGGUGAUCACCUCGCAAGAGCGCGAGAUCACCAUCAAGAGGCCCAACGGAGAGACCACCACCACCACUGUGCGGGUCUGGAACGAGACGGUGUCCAACCUGACCCUGAUGGCGCUGGGCUCGUCUGCCCCGGAGAUCCUGCUGUCCGUCAUCGAGGUGUGCGGGCACAACUUCAAGCAGGGCGUGCUGGGCCCUGCCACCAUCGUGGGCAGCGCGGCCUUCAACAUGUUCGUCAUCAUCGCCACCUGCAUUUACGUGGUGCCCGACGGCGAGAGCCGCAAGAUCAAGCACCUGCGCGUGUUCUUUGUCACCGCCAGCUGGAGCAUCUUCGCCUACAUCUGGCUGUACCUGAUCCUGGCCGUGAUCAGCCCCGGCGUGGUGGACAUCUGGGAGGGCCUGGUCACCCUCUUCUUCUUCCCGGUGUGCGUGAUGGUGGCGUGGAUCGCUGACCGUCGCCUGCUGGUCUACAAGUACGUGUACAAGAAGUACCGGGCGGACAAGAGCCGCGGCCUCAUCAUCGAGACAGUGGGCGAGAGGCCGCCCGACAAGAUGGAGCUGGAGCUGGACGGGGCCUGCCCGGGCUCCCCCCAGGAGGGAGGGCCGGACGCCGAGGUGGCAGACCGCGACCAGGAGGAGGCCGAGAGGCGGCUGAUGGCCAGGGUGCUCCGAGAGCUCAGGCAGAGGCACCCGGACAAGGACACGGAGCAGCUGGUGGAGAUGGCCAACUACCACGUGCUGAGCCAGCAGCAGAAAAGCCGCGCCUUCUACCGCAUCCAGGCCACCCGCCGCAUGACUGGGGCUGGCAACAUCCUCAAGAGGCACGCGGCAGAGCAGGCCCGGCAAGCCCUCAGCGCCCAGGACCUGCGGCGCCACCACCCUCACACCCAGGGGACCGUCCGCUUCGAGCACGCCCAGUACCAGUGCUUCGAGAACUGCGGCUCGCUGCAGCUGGGGGUCACCCGCGAGGGCGGGGACCCCGAUUGCACCCUGGCGGUGGACUUCCGCACCGAGGACGGCACUGCCAACGCCGGCUCCGAUUACCAGUUCACGGAGGGCACCCUGGUCUUCCAGCCGGGCGAGGUGAGGCACGAGCUGUCCGUCGGCAUCAUCGACGACGACAUCUUCGAGGAGGACGAGUACUUCCGGGUUCACAUCAGUAACCUCCGGGUCAGCCACCCGGACCGGAAGGCGGAGGAGGGGUGCAGGGCGCCCGGAGGGCACCAGGCCCCGGCCUACAUCCUGGGCUCGCCCACCGUCGCCACGGUCACCAUCUUCGACGACGACCACGCUGGCGUCUUCUCCUUCGCCCAGGGCUCGCAGCGGGUCAGCGAGAGCAUGGGGGUCAUGGGGGUGGAGGUGCAGCGGACGUCGGGCGCCCGGGGCACCGUCCACCUGCCCUACAGGACGGUCGAGGGCACGGCCAAGGCUGGAGAGGACUUUGUGCAGCACAGCGGCCACCUGGUCUUCCACAACGACGAGAUCGCGUAA